AUGACCUCCGAUGGACCGUAUCCCUCCCCCGCUGCGAGCGUGCGCACCUUCCCAUCCCACCGUCACGACCGUCACGACCGUCACGACCGUCACGACCGUCACGACCAUCCACUCCCCAACGCCUACGCGUACCAACCUUCCACCAUCGGACCCUCCCUACCCCUCCCCCGACCGGCCCCCUCUUCCUCAACCUAUCCAACGAGCCUGCGUCCGUCGCUGCUCAUCCCGCGAAGGACGUCGCUCGCUCCUGCGCUCUCUACUCCCACCACGUCCCUCGACGUCCGACCGAUCCACGUCUCGUCGAUCCGACCCACCUUGUUCAACGUCAAUCCUUCCAGUCCUUCCAGGCUCGGCAAGGGAACGAACCCGUUCGAUCUGUUGAACGAGCACAAGUUCGAUCGUUUCGUCGAAGGCGUUACGGAAACGAUCAAGAAUGUUUUGAGGGGCCCGGACGCGGUGGGACCGGAGACGACAAAGACGAUGACGGGCCGUCAUAGGGAUGUGUUUGGGGCGGUGGAACGAAUCGAACAACAGGGGACCGCUGGGAACGAGUACGUCUUGGGAGCUCCAUGAGAUGGUCUGUCUUCAACAUCGAACUGAUCUGGGGGGGGGAGGCUCCGAUCGUCUAUUACAGCGACGCCGAACAGGACGACCAACGGGGUGUCGCCUCCCCACCUUGGACUGCAAACCGUCCCCUCUUCCUCCACGAAACAUCAGAGGAAUACGAAUCGUCCUCUGAAGCGCCGCGUCAUUCAUUUGACCCUAUUUUGGGCAAACAAGACCGAGAGCAGCCUCGACAGAAUGGCGAGACGGAAGUGAUCGAGUUGGGAUCUUCUUCCGACGAGCAAGACGAGAAGGAGGAGCAAGAUGGCUCUUACGAUGAAGGAUCCGUCGAUGACGUUAGGUCAGGUUCUGAACAAGUCGCAGAGGAUGAAUGGAUGAACGAGGCGCCUCGUCCGUCGCAGUUGGAACGCCAUCUUGGAACGGAGGGUAGGCGAUCGAUUCAGCGGGAGAGGGAGGUGGAUCUUGAGGAGGAAGAUGAAGAGGAUGGAGAGGAGGAUGACGACGAAGAGGAAGACGAAGAGGAUGGGGAGGAGGACGAAGAAGAGGAAGAGGAUGAAGAUGAUGAGGAGGACGAGGAAGAAGAAGCUCGAGAUGACUUACGCGACGACGAGAUGGAACAGCAUGUCCAAGAACAAGACCAAGCGGAGGACGAAGAACUCCUCGACCCUCAAACGGCAUUCGCUCUAUCGAUGCAACAGAUUACUCGUGUCGACGCCCAAGAGGACGAAGUGGAUUCAUUCGUUGAGAUCUUGGAAGAAGAAUACGAAGUCGAUGCGGUCAAUGAUGAUGGAGGGGUGUUCCAACCCAUCGAUGACGAGGACGUGGAAGAUGAACAAGUGGAUGAUGACGAAGAAGGCACACCUCCCCUCCCUCCCUCGAUGGCCGAAGCGUUCAGAAACGCCCGUUCAGGAGAACUCUGGGACCCGAUGAUCAAAGGGCCAAGCUUACUCGUCCAAGAACCCGAAUACAACGAUGAAGAUGCGGAAGAUGAGGUUUGUCACGAGAGGGGAUCGAUCAGCGUCUCGAUUCGAUUCCUCUUGCACGCAGCUGAUUAAUCGUUCCAUCUCGAGCGCACAGGUGCUUGGAACGCGCAUUCCGGCGCAUUUGAAAGGCAAAGGUCGGGCACCGACACCUUCGACUCAAUCGCCUGCCUCGGCCGGUUCGAUCUUUGAUUCCGAAGGCGGAAAUGGAUCUCUCGAACCCGAAGACGACGGGGAGGACUACGACGACGAGGAAGACGACGACUUGGACUCGCUCGUCAAUUUCCAAGUCGAGGACCUCCCGGAUAUGACCCUUGAGCGGUUGACCAAGUUGAUGAAGACGUUGCAGGAGAUGUAUGACAGUGCGUGCCGACAGCAGGAUGAGGAAACGGUCAGGUGGGUCGAGGAUAAGUGGGAGAUCGUCAAGGAGGCUUGGAUGGAGAAAGGGGGGGAGUUGUCGAGUGAUGGUGAGGGGGAGGAGGGGGAGGAGGGGGAGGAGGGGGAAGACGACGACGACGACGAAGUCGACGGCGGUCACUUUGAUCAAGAGGACGACGAGAGCGAACAGGUCGAGAACGAGGACGAUGGAAGCGCUGCCCAAGAUAGAAUCGAAAAUUUGGCCCUGCAAAUGCUCGAACGGUACGCGCAAGGACAAGAUCAAGAAGUUCGGGUUGAUGUCAAGGUCGAGACGCAGCGGAUCGUUCAAGAGAUGUUCGACGAGGAGGAUGGUGGGCAGGAGGGAUCUGGGCUCGCACAAGCAUACCAGGACGAAUCGGGCCUGGACGAGGGUGUAGAUGAGGACGUGGACGCUGAACAGACCGAGGAUCACGAGAUGGCCUUCACCGGACACCAGUACCGACCUCCGACGCCGGAUGAAGACGAUACGGUACCUGCACAAUCGACGAUGUUUGACAAUGAGGCAGUGAUGGGUGUACCGACACUUGGUGCGACCGAGUCGACCGAGGGGAACUGGCUCGCGAUCCUCCAAGACCAGAUCCAAGCUCAAGCGACGGCAGAUGCGGAAGCAACGGCCGUGGAGGAACAAGCGGCUUUCGGCUUUGCACCUCCUCUAUCGGCUGAGGUUGGGAGGUUCAGCACUGAUGAUCGAAUGGAAGAAGAUGGGGAUGACGAACUUGAAGAAGAGGAAGACGAUGACGACGUGCAGAUCCUCUCGCCCGUCGAUUUGAUGAGCUCCAGCCCUACGCCCAGUCAUGAAGAACAGGAUGAGGAUGCGAUCCCUCAGAAACCACCUACAUUACCUCGAGAAGAGGUCGCUCCCUUGACGGGGAAUGAGGAACUUGCUACACCGGGGUCUGAACAGAGUGUAGAGCUUGGUCAGGAUGCUCAAUUUGUGGUGCUUGAAGAGGAGAGCACCGAUGGUGGUAUGGCCGAAGUCUCGAAUGAGGUCAGUUGCCCUGGUCUGGUUCGAGAUACUCCUCAUCUCUGAUCCGAGUUUCGAUCAUGGCUUUGGGACAGAUUUCGCUUUCCGAGGUACCACAGGACGAGGACGAGAACUCGACACCUGCCCCACCGCGGAUCCGUAAUGUGAUCGAGCUCGGAGAAUGGGACCCUUCCUCGCCCAUUCGUUUCGAUACGACCUUCUCAUCUCCAUCAACGACGACGACCCUAAAAGUCGCCUCAAGUUCAGACGUUCAUUCGGAACCGCAACCCUCCCAUGUUGGCAUGGACGCAGCCCUUCGAGCCGCCCUCGCCCUUCCCGCAGCGACGUUAGAGGAACAAUUUGGCGGCGCUGCCGCGGAAUCGGCGGCGAAGUCCACCCUAGACACAGCAUCGGUCCAAGUGGCCUCUCCGGAAGCUGAGACUUUGGAAGACUCUUCGCAGCAACACUUCAGUGGCUUGGGCGAUAUCUGGGCACAAUUUGGGGUCGAGGCGCCGAGGGCCUUCAUGGAGACUACACUCCCUGUCCAACCGGCGCAACAGGAGACUGCUCAGAAUCCAUUCCCGGAGACAGUAAGUCAAAAUUGUUCAUACCUCAUCUUCAUCCCUUAGGUGCUCAUCUCCUAUUCCUUUCUCCCCGACAGCAACCGACAUCUGAGCAAACGAUCACGACCGAUGCAGCCCUCACAGCGAUCGAUGUGACGAUGCCCCCUUCCAGCGCCUCCCUCGAUGCUCUUCUCGACUAUGUCCAAGUCUCAGAUGUAAUUCCGACAGGUCUCGACAUUGUUCCCGACGUCACACCCGGACUCUCCCUACAAACACAUGUCGAAGCCGGCCCUUCCACAACGGCCGAAGUAUCCCCCUCCACCCCUGAAGCCAGAUCUUCGAACUCCACAGUCUCGGUCGUGAGAGCAACUCCACCUUCAAGCGUCACGAUAGGUGGUGUGCAAGGUCCGACGGGGUUGUUGACGCCUGAUCCGGAUGGAUAUGAUCGGGUGCCUUCGCAUGAGGAUGAGGAGGGAGAAAUUGAGGGGGAGGAGGAGAUGCAGGGGCAGGAGGAUCCUUUCAUCGAGGCACCGCCCGAUUUCGAGGUCGUCGAGGAGACGGAGCAGACGAUAGAGUUUACAGAAGCUCCAGACGAAUCGAUCGAGUCCGUCGCAGCCGAAAGUCCUACCGAGCUCGAACAUGCCCCCGAGCCCGCCCGCGAGUCAUCGAUCAUCGACGAACAUGACCUAGCCUUCUUCAAAGCGCGCCACCACUCCGAACAUCUCGUCAUCGUCGAUGAUGACGAGUCGAUCCCGACCAUGUCAGCGAACGUUUCCGUCAUUUCCGACGAUGAGGAAGACGAAAUCGAAGUCAAAGUCGAUAUCGAAGUGGAUGACACUAUCGGGGUCCCCGAACCGAUCGACAUCGAUCGCGCGUUCGAAGAGAUCGUCGCUUCUUCGCCUCUGAAGCAGAGUCUGCCUUCCGAUUUGGAUUUGGAUAUCGGUUAUCGGAUGCAGGAGGACGAGUUCGCUGGUCAGGCUUUGGUGCAAGCUGAGGAGGAGGCUGAGCCGGCUUUGCCUACAUCGGAGGUCCCGUCAAGGCCCGCCUGGGAAGACGAGGUACCGCAAGACGAGGCACUUGAUGACGAGGCACCGUCGGAUGAGCAUCUUGCCGAAGAACCCGCCGCAAUCGAGGAAUCGUCCGAUCACGAAGCCGAGACCCCCGCACCAGACGACCCAGGCAGGCUCGAAUCGCUCCCCUUCAACGCCGAAGAAUUUGAAGACUCCACCCUCACCGAGGCCUUCUUCCCCGAUGCACCCGACGUCAUUGAAGUAGAAGAAAGGGUGAAAGAACUCUUCGAGUCUGGGGCCCCCCUUCGCUCCACGACGCCGGAUUAUGAGCCUUUUACUACGACGCCUGAGGCGGAGCCGUUCGAAUAUGAUGGCGGCGAGGAGGGAGCCGAGUUUUCUUGGGAUGGGGAAGGCGAUUUGGAGCCUUUUGAGGAAGAGGUUGGACCUGAAGUGGUCAACGGUCAAGAAGAAGAGCACGACUUUGACCUCGAUGCUCCUCUACCGACCGUCGAAGAUCCCUGGACGCCCGAGGCGGAAGCGAACAUCGAUGAAGUGGCGAGUAGUUCGGAUUCCGAAGCCGACGAAGCGGUCGAAGAGAUGUUGCUCAGUGAGGUGGAUCAAGUCGUCGAACGGGAGGAGCAAUACGUGGAGCAGGAAGAGGAAGAGCUUCACUCCGUGGCGGCGACGGUGGAUGAUGCCGAGUCGGUGGAUGUUCAUUUCGAGUCGCCCGUUGUGCCGCAAGAAGAGGAGCUGGACGCCAUCGUAGUGUCAGCGAGUCAGGACGAGCCGGCACAUGUGGAGGCUGAAGCGGUUGAGAUGGACGACGGAGCCGCGGUGGAAACGUCACCGGCCUCUCCGAAGCCAUCUGCGGAAACCGAAGAGUCCUCUGCCGCGACUACGAAGCGACGUCGAUCUACUCGCUCCAAGUCGCCCGCCAAGCGUGCUCGCACCUCAACACCAGAAACCGACACCACCCAAUCCCCUCGGCGUAUCUCAGCUCGCCUUCGUCCCGAAGCCCUUCUCCCACCCAUCGACAUCUCCGUCCCGAUCCCGACGUUGGAUCAGACUCCUCGACUCGUCACACCCGACCCAACUAGUCAAGAACCUGCUGUGGAGCUGACCCCGAGGAGAUCAGAACGGAAUCUGAGGCGAUCUGCGAGCGUGGUGACGUUGAGGGAUCCUAGUCCGCUCCCUGCUGUUGCUGCUGUCGAAGCCAGCGCAGCACCGGAGACCGACCCCUCUACGCCUUCGAGCGUUCGUCGUUCGACUCGGCAUACUACGCCCGGCUCGACAGCGACGAGUAAGAAGCGCUCGCGCUCUGAUGCGGAGCCGGAGGCCGUGUCCGAGGAACGGGGAGUCGGCACUUCAACUUCGGUAACGAACAGUCCCGCCGGCGGGCCCAAGCGUCGUCGAGGAACACCCGCACCCGUCUCUGUCGCAGUCGAAGCUCCGACGACGACUCCUCACCCCAUCGCUCCUCACUUGCAUCACCAUUCAAGCUCUUCGACCAUUCAGCGAGAUGAAGAGACGAUGGUUGAGCAUCCUACUACUAGGGCGCAUUGUCCUUUCGUACAACUCGAGGUGCAAUCGAGGGGAUACCCUUCUGCUCCUCCUGUGGUGGUAAACAUACCCUCUGUAGGUUCUUUCCUUCGUCUGUCUCGGCUCCUGGCUUUGGCUGACCUCCUUUCGUUAUCUCCAAAGUGCGCACUCUCGACCCCGCUAGCACAGGAGACCCUGCGCACCUUCCCCAUCCGACAAAUCGACCAAUUACCCCCUCACCCAACCCUCGACGACUCCGUGCUCCGUCUAGGAGGCCAAGGACACACCAGCUCAACCUCCCACGAUCCUCUCGAAUCCGGCUCGACGCAUCUCUCCAUCGAAGAAAGGGAUGCGGAAUUGAUCCGUUGCCCGGAUGUGUUGGACGCGUUGAAGAAGCUCGCUGGGGGGAUUUGUGGCAUGAGGGGGUGGUGGAAUUGGUGUCAGGGGGUGGGAGGAGGAGUUUGA